AUGGCGGAUCCCCUCUACGAGCUACUGAUACCCUACUUCGACGCCCAAGACGUGCAGCUACGACCCUCCCCCAAUGACGCCGUUACCAACACGUAUCUCUCCCGCCUCACGACCCUGCCCUUGGCUGCCCUCACAUCCUCAGAGCAGCAAUCGCUAUCACAAAGCUCGCAGUCUAUACUACGGUCACUGCAAGCCCUCUCGAAGCGGUCGCAUAAACCCAUAAUAUCUUCGACUGACCACCUCCUACACCUCCGCAAGACACUCCCGCAGAUAGGCCAAGAUGCAGGCACAGUACAGGCGCAGCUGCCGAAUCUGGAGACAGCCGCGCAGAACUUUUCCGAAAAAUAUAGCAGAGGGGCAGAUAAUGCGAUACUAGACAGACGGAGAAAGGCGAUGCUGCUGUCCCGGAACAUCGACCGCGUAUCCGAUGUGCUCGACCUACCCACCCUUCUCUCGUCCGCCAUCAGCUCCUCUACAGCCACCGCACAAGCCUCGUCAUCCACGGCCACCGCCAACGCGAACUAUGCCUCGGCUCUCGAUCUCCACGCACACAUCAAGCGUCUCCAUACGCUAUACCCCAAUUCAGAGCUGGUCUCUUCGCUCACUGCCCAGGCUGAGCAGGAGAUGAAGACCAUGACCACCAAUCUCAUAAGCUCGCUACAGACCCAGGGUAUCAAGCUAGCAGGUGCCAUGCGAACAAUCGGGUGGCUCAGACGAGUGGCGCCAGAACUGGACGAAGCAUGGUCAACAAAACAAGCCGGCAUAGGCAGUGGAGAAGGCACACUGGGCGCGUUGUUUCUCGUCUGCCGAUUGGUUUGCCUGGAGUUGAUGCUCAGCGCACUAGAUCCUCUACGCGAACUCGCAGACCAAGAGACGGAAAAGCGAACGACCAAGGCAGCGAAAGGCGACGCAGGCUGGGCCGUGGGCCAGCAAACAGAAAAGUACUUGAAGAAGUAUCUUGAAGUCUUUCGAGAACAGAGCUUCGCCAUCAUAUCCAUGUACAAGAGCAUCUUCCCCUCGGCCCUACCAGCACCAGGGUCCGACGAAAGCGCACCUGCUGUCAAGCCAGUCAACACAUCCAACCCUCUACAACCGAUACCAUCGGCCCUCGCAACGUUUCCGCUACACCUCGUAGAGAUGCUUUUCGACACCCUACGAACAUACCUUCCAAACGUACAAGAUCGGUCACAACGCGACUCGCUCCUCACGCAGGUCUUAUACUGCGCUGGCUCGCUAGGUAGACUAGGUGGUGACUUUAGCAUGAUGAUCGCGCUCCUAGAAGAGGACUUGCGCGCGGAAUUGGAAGAAAGCACAAUUGACACGGAGGAGCAGGAGGUCGAGGAAGAGUGGGUAGAGGUCAUGAAGAAGCACCGUGUUCAGGCUUCUAGGUUGGAGCUGCUUGCAUCAGGCGUCGGCUCCGGGAGGACGAGUAGUCCUGUAGGCCGAGCUGCGAGCCCAAUGAGAUAG